UCGGUGCAAUGGGAUUUAGGGCGGGAAAUACGCUAUAUGAUGAACGGAUUUAGAUCUGAACGGCCGCAUAUCAUAUGACAAGCCAUGCGAGAUAUAUUUUUGGGGAGCCUUGGAAGGGUUUUAGUGGUAGCCGAGCGCCUGACAGCUUGCUACGAUGCAGCGGGUGGCCAAAACCAGCGAGAUGAAAACGGCGGGCAAGAUGACUUUCCUCUCCCGUACCGAAACUUUUGCCGCGGCACAUCGGCUGAGCAGCAAAUCUUUGAACGAUGAGGAAAACAGGAAGCUGUUUGGGAAAUGCAACCAGAGCCACGGACAUAACUAUAAAGUUAUGGUGACUGUACGUGGAAAGAUUGACCCUAUCAGCGGGAUGUUCAUGAAUAUUUACCAGCUCCAGGAAUAUAUGCAGGAAGCCAUCAUGGAGCCACUGGACCACAAGAACCUGGACCAGGAUGUGGACUUUUUUGCCGAUGUUAUAAGCACAACAGAAAACUUAGCCGUGUACAUCUGGAACAACCUUGAAAAAAUCCUACCCUCUGGUUGCCUGUACAAAGUCAAGGUCUACGAAUCUGACAGAAACUUUAUUGUAUACAAAGGGAACUAAUACCGGAGAUGCAAAUUUGAAAGGGGAACGUGUCGUGGCUGGGAAAGUUAUUUCCGCAGAUGUGUAUUAGCGCUCCUUAUGUGUCCACAUUGAUAAUCCCUGAUAAGAACACUUGCAAACUAUACAAUGUAAAGAUUACACAUUUAGGAAGUGGGCUUGUCCACAAAAACUCACAUUAAAAUAUACCAGGUUU